AUGGCGACCCGCCACGGCACUCCCUUCACCGGCGCCUCCUCCGCCGAGAUCACCUUGAUCGGGAGCUUGUCCUCGGCGAUGAUGAAGCUCGGCGCGCCCUUUGUGGUGGCAUGGUGCAAGUGUUUCAGUCCCCGCAUUGUAGUAUACGUGGGCGGCCUUAUAUUCGGGGUGGCCAACAUCCUCGCCAGCUUCGGCACCGCGUCCUGGCACUUCCAACUCUCGCAGGGGCUUCUCCUUGGCAUCGGCAGCUGUCUCUCCUACAUGCCUUCGAUGAUCGUACCGCCAACAUGGUUCUCCGAACGCCGCGGCCUCGCCCUGGGCAUCAUCUCGGCCGGCACCGGCAUCGGGGGUCUGGUGUUCGCCCCCGUGAUCCAGGCCUGUAUCUCCGCCCUCGGCUUCCGGGAUACCCUCCGGCUGGUCGGCUGCCUGUCGACUGUACUAAUCUGCGCUUCGGGCGCCGUACUGUACUGGGAGCCCCGGACAGCAAGCCGUCUUCGUGAGGAAGCAGCAUCGAAGUCGCUGCCGGCACGACUCUGUCGCGUGCCCCUGCCCCCUUGGGCCUUGGUUCGGGAGCGCAAGUUCCUCGCCCAGCUGCUCAACGCGGCGUUCCAGAGCGCGGCCUAUUAUACUCCGGUCUACUACAUCUCUUCGUACGGCCAGACGUUGGGCUACAGUGAGUCUGAGGGCGCCAACUGGACCUCGCUGAGCAACGCGUGCAAUGCGAUCGGGAAGGUCGCCGUAGGCUAUCUCGCCGAUUACCUGGGCCGCCUGAAUUCCUUCUUUGUGGUCACCCUGUUGAGUGCGGUGGGCGCGGUGGGCCUCUGGAUCCCGAGUACGCUGCUGGGGUCCUCGCCGCACGACCUGCCGGCGGCGAAGGCCUGCUUCAUCGUGUUCACUGUUUUGUAUGGCCUGUUCGCCAGCGCCUAUAUCGGGCUGUUCUCCCCGGCCCUGGUCGAGCUCUUCGGUCUUGAAGAAAUGCCCCGCAUCACCGGCAUCAUGUACAUGGUGCAGGGCGCCGCCGGGUUGGUCGGCACCCCCGUGGCGGGGCUCCUGGUGCGCACGUCCAACGGUGAGACCACCUCGCGCAGCUACCUGGAUAUGGCGAUCUUUGUCGGCGCUUUGAUGGUCGCGUCCACCCUGGCGGUCGCCUGGGUUCGCGUGGAGCAGGGAUUUGAUCGUGUUCGUGGGCAUUUCUCGUGGGUGUGGAAGCUCUAG